AUGAGGCUAUUUCAUUCACUUUUUCUUCUGGGAGCAUCUUCUGCCCUUCAAACGCCCACACAGACCUACAUUCCUUCUAAGAAUUCCAGGACUCUUGACCAGUUUCACUCAGGCUACUCUGUUGGAAUUAGCCCUUCAUUGUUGGCCGCUGCCCCGACCGAUACAGCACCCUCGGCAAAUGGUUUUCCCAAAAAAGAAGAUAUCCUGACAGCGAGCGAUAGCAAUGAUGUCGGAAUAUACUGCAACCACUCGAAAUGCUACACUUCGACAAUAUUGAUAACAAGAACAUACACUGUACCAGUCAGCCACACCACUAUCUCAACCACGAGGCAAACGACGACUUUGGCUACCAAAUCUACAACAAAAUCAUCCAUACAGUGGCCUACCUGGUGGCCCAGCGAUAUCCCUACUAAGGAGCCUCCCUGCAGUGGCGAUUGGUGCUGGUGGAAAACGACGGUUACAAAAACAGUAAGAGAGUCUGCAACGCCAAUCACAGUCACAGUUGGAAUCACAACGACAGUCACGGUGCCGUUGACUAUAACAUAUACCGAAAAAGAGACCAUUACGAAGAAGGAUACGACAACAGUGGAGGAAACUGAAUACAAGACCCUGACCCUUACGUUGUCUAAGACUGAAUACAGUACAACUACGAAUAGUUAUACCAUUACUGAUCAAAAAACCGUGACAGACCGUCGCACGGUGACGGAUAAACACACUGUUACUGAUGUUGUCACAACUGAGCAGACGCUCACCUUACCGCCGAGUACCACCACGGAUGUCAUUACCCUCCCUGCUAAAACUAUCACAAACGUGAUCACGCUUCCACGAAGCACAAGCACCGUGGUAAAAACCCUUCCUGCUAUUACAGUUACUCUUCCGGGAACGACAAUUACACUACCGCCAACAACAAAAACGAUUGUGGUCACCCUACCUCCAAGCAUAAUUACACAAACCUCCACACUUCCUGGAAUGGUAACUACCGUGUACCGUCCUGCAACCGAUCAAAUCAUAACGAAAACUUCAAAUUAUAUUUCCCUCUGCCCAUCCCGCACCCUCAACCCUACUUUCACUCCUACAGCACCUCUUCCAACUGAUUACAUAUGGGGAUGCCCCCCUGGCUCCCUCUGUAAACCGAUGCGCAGCGCUAUGGAUGGCACUUGUAAUUUCGACGUUGGUCCACCAAGCGCAAAUUUUUUCUGUAGUCCUGAGGAGUGUCCUGCCAGCCCAUCUUUACACCCCCCACAAUAUUGGGGAACACCAGUUGUUGGAAGUACAGUCAAGAAGUUCAUUGUUUCUCUAGGGUACUAUAAUCUAGACCCAAGGAAAUUCGGCCUUGGCUUUGAUAUUUUCCUUUUCGAAAAUGCCACCCAGUCUUCGGAAGUCGGCAAACGACAAGUCAUAAAGGCCCUUCCAGCAGUGUGCUACGACGAAUGCAACAAUAGUGUGCUAGAGGCGCAAAGCAAAGGCGACCCAGAGAAGCUAUGUCGUAAGGGCUCGGCUUUUCUCACCCAUCUGGACGAGUGCAACAGAUGCAUUAGGGCUCAUCGCCAGCCUAACCAUGGAACGUUUGAUGAUAUUCUCAGGCCAGACUUUGAAAGCUUUCUUAAUCUGUGCAAGACGCUCCCUGGAAAUUCCACCGUUGUACCUGAGCCGCAACUAUCUCAUAGCACAAACCAGAUAUCCCAACCAACAUCGGAAAUUGAAUCUUCCUCUCUCUUGGUAUCGAGUCCAUCUUCAGCCCCAUUUGCAUCGAAUUCUUUGAAUUCGUCGUUUCCGAUACCAAAUUCCAAUAUCCAAACUUAUCAGUCUUUGCUGUUUACAAGAACUCCCCCUUCCCCCCCUAUACGGUCUACAAAUUCACAGCCAGAAACCAGUGAUACUGCCAACUCCAUCAGAACAGAGCCGCCUCGAACAUCCUCAACCACCGCAGCAGAAUUUACUGGAGUGGCACCGAUUUUCAAGCCACUGAAAUACUUACAUAUUUUCACCAAUACUCUCGUGGUAGCGUUCAUGCUAAAGUUUCUGUGA